AUGGGCUCCAAGACACCUGAGAACGAACAGCCGAACGGCAAAAAUGAGCCGUCGAGCUCAGCCAACACAAACGGCACUGGUGGUGAGCCACGAGGAGCGCAUUUUGCUCGUGAUGGAGACGGCACGCUUGGCGAUGGAGAAUCUGGUGACGAUGACGAUGAGGAGAGGAAUGCCUGUCACGAUGCCGCCGUGACCACCUGCUCCGUCCUGGGCCAUUCUACAUUGGCAGACUCUUCCAAAAAGAAAAACAAAAAGCGAAAGAAGAACAAGAAGAAGAGUACCACGGCACUCAAGCAAAGUUCACCUCCACGGGUGCCCGUGUCGGACCUUUUUCCAUCGGGUCGCUAUCCGGCGGGCGAACUUCAGGAAUACACAGUCGUGGAAAACACAUCCCGAGUCACUUCUGAGGAGAGCCGCUACAAAUCCCGUACUCAUCUCGAAGAUGACAGCUUUCUGAAUGAUUAUCGGAAGGCUGCCGAAAUACACCGUCAAGUCCGUCAAUGGGUUCAGGAAACCGCCCGUCCUGGGAAGACGCUUACGGAAAUCGCCGAGGGGAUCGAUAAUAGCGUCAGAGCUCUUCUUGACAACGAAGGGCUUGCGCCAGGUACUGGGUUGAUCUCUGGUCUUGGUUUCCCGACAGGUCUAGCCUUGAACCACUGUGUCGCACACUACAAUCCUAACCCGGGCCAGAAGGAGAUUGUUCUACAGUGUAGCGACGUCAUGAAGGUCGACUUUGGGGUCCAUAUCAACGGCUGGAUUGUCGACAGCGCCUUUACAAUGUCGUUUGAUCCCACUUACGACAACUUGCUUGCUGCUGUCAAGGACGCGACUAAUACUGGUCUCAGGAAUGCUGGAAUCGAUGUUCGCAUCAGUGACGUGAGCGCUGCGAUACAAGAGGUGAUGGAGAGCUACGAGGUAGGAAUCAAUGGGAAGACAUAUCCUGUGAAACCCGUGCGCAAUCUUUCCGGCCACAACAUCAAGCAGUACCAGAUUCAUGGAGGAAAGUCCAUUCCUUUCGUCAAAACCAAAGACCAGACCAAGAUGGAAGAGGGGGAAAUCUUCGCCUGCGAGACAUUUGGUUCUACAGGCCGAGGUUUGAUUACCGAUGGGCCCGGUGUCUACGGCUAUGGUAAAGACCCAUUCGCUCCAAAGAAGAUCAAUUCACCUCUCGCUUCUGCACGAUCUUUGUACCAGACCAUCAAUGACAAUUUUGGAUCUCUCGUAUUCUGUCGGCGAUAUCUCGAGCGUCUGGGCGUCGAGCGAUACCUAGCGGGUAUGAACUAUCUGAUCUCCCAAGGUGUGGUCGAAAUGUACCCGCCGUUGCUGGACAUUGAAGGGUCAUACUCCGCUCAAUUUGAACAUACUUUCCUUCUCCGCGAAUCUGGCAAGGAGAUCAUCAGUCGAGGGGACGAUUACUGA